AUGCCGAGCCCAGGGAUGAAAGCGAUUGCAGAAAGCUCCUUUCGCAAGGAUAGGGACAACGAUGAAGCGUCUCAUGCGACAUUGAACAUCUGGGGAGGGAGCUGUGCUCUUAUGGACAUCGUGUGGCUUGCAUUCCUUGUGUUCAAGGCCUCGAGACGACGUAGGGACAAAGAGCUGUCUCAUCCAGAGGAACUCUUUCCCAUGAUAGGGAUCAUGUUGUCUGUGCUGCUGCUGGCCAACAUCUUCUCCGCUUUCAUGCGCGGGGUGAAGAUGCAUGUGGCGAGGACGUUGCUGAGAGCGAAGAACUGCAUCGUCUUUGUCUGGGCGAGUCUCGCUGCGGACACGCAAGACAUGAUGCAUCAAAAAGAAAGAUACGUCCAAACCUUGGUCAUGAUCGAGGUCUUGUUCCCCACGAGCCUUACUGGUGAACUCGCCGAUAUGAUGGGCAACCAAACAAAGCUGCUGGACCUUGAGCAGAGGAACGGCGUGUUGGGGAGACUGGGAGCUAACAUCUUCUUCUACUUUGUGAUUGAAAGGAUCCACACGUCAGUCAGGAGAGCCUGGAUCCUGCAAGUUCACAAGCCAGGGCACGUGCUCGGGGGGAUCUUGUCGGAGAUCGGGAAGGAGGAGAAGGAGGAGGACGAUGAUGAGAAAACGCUGCGAGCAGUCAACGAGUGGGACAGAUACUACUCGGAUGAGGAGCUCUUGCUGCUGGAGAAGGAGUCGAAGAUCAAGGAGGAGAAGGAGCGAUCAGUCGUGGAGUUUAGAAAGACAGACAUCCUGCUCGGCAGCGGGUCGUUUGGCAGUGUUUACAGGGCGGUAGAUUGCAGAACAUCCCAACACCUCGCUGUGAAGACUGUGCCGCUGAAAAGCAAUGAUGAGAACGAUGUCGAUGAUGAUGAUAAUAACGAUGAUGAUAACGACGACGAUGAUGACGAUAGCAACAUGAUCGUAGAGCACGAUCGAUCUGUGCGAGGGGACAAGGAGCUCAUGAACGAGUUGAGCACGAUGAAGAAACUCUCUCAUCGCAACAUCGUCUGCUACCUCGGCACUGAGAUACGAGACGACGAGCUCCUGCUGGUUAUGGAGUAUUGCGCCGGAGGAAGCCUUGCCUCGAUACUGCAUGGGAUGGGAGCGAUAGACGAGAACAUUGCGAGGAUCUACACGAGAGAUCUCGUGGAGGUGAGCUGGACUAGUUUGGGAGCCCUUGUGGAGACUGUGGAGCUGACUGGCGAGAUGUGCCAGGGUUUGAACUACCUGCACAGAAACUACAUGGUGCACAGGGACAUCAAGUCGAGCAACUGCCUCCUGUCAUCGGAUGGCGUGAUGAAACUAGCUGACUUCGGGGCUACGAAAUCUCUCAACAGCGCCAGUACCAACGACCUCCAGGGAACUCCGGGAUACAUGGCACCUGAGGUGCUGUGGAGCAAGACUCUGCAUCGUCAGAGUGACGUGUGGAGCCUCGGAUGUUGUGUGUUGGAGAUGUUAACCCUCGAACUUCCCUAUGGAGCUGCAAACUACGAUCAACAGCUUCAGCUGCAUUAUCUUUAUCGUUUAGCACAGGAACGUGACGAUCCACACCUCCCUGGCUCGCUGAGUGAGGACGCGAGAGAAUUUAUCAAGAAAUGUCUACGGACAAGUUUUGUGAAAGGCGGUGACGAGGCUCACGUGAAGGCAACAAGGAUAAAAGCAUAUGACAGCGCAAGGAGGUUGUUGGGCGUCACGGAGGAAGAGGAGAUGCCAGGGGAAGAAAGCAUCGGGGGGUUUGUUAGGUUGCCUCGAUUCCAUGAGAUCAGACGCAUCAUCUACAACAAGAUUGACAAGUUUGAGGGCUGGAGUAAACAAGAUUCGAUCAUGAUGAGCGUCUACUCAAAGACGAUCAAGCAACACAAGCUGCGACAAGUUCAAAGCAUCCUCUGCUUCCUUCAACCCAUCGUCACUUGUUUCGUUCUUUACGACAUCUUCUCUAAACCUUUUCCUGAGCCGAUAGUAGAGAAGUUGCAAACUCUGAGCCUCCUCGGUCUUCAAGUCUUCUGGAAUUAUUUUGUCUACCUACAGAAAGUCCCCCUGGAGCAAGCAGAGCUCAUCUUCAGCGUCAUGCUCAACGUGACGCGUUUCUUCUGCGUCUUGUUUCACUUCAUCUUCUGGAACGUUCCCGACUCUCUCUUCAACCUCUUGAUCCUCACAUGCGCAUCGAGCGUCGCCGACAUCUUCCCGACAAACCUCGAACAUUGGAUGUGGAUUGUGUUCUUGACGGCUGUUCGCUGCCUCCGCAUUGUCAUCCACCUGGUUGCGGUUGCGGUCACCCUUCACCUCUCAAGGCUCUGGAGGCUCGAAGACAAAAGCCUCUUCCGCAAGAUCAUGAGCAUGCAGAAGAAGAAGAGAUAG